AACAUGGCCGUAGGUAAUGUCUCGGGCUACUGGAGUGUUGUAGAAGCCACACUGACCCUUAACGACCAAACUAAUAACAUCUCCCUGGACAGUGUGUCAGCCCCAAAGGGGUUCUCCUACCACUGUUCCAGCCUAGGAAAAGCCGGCAACAGCACGGGGGCCAACAUCACCGUGUCCUUUGACGGAUUCCAGCUGCAGCCUUUUGGUGUGGUGAACUAUCAAUUCUCGGACGGCUGGGACUGUGUCCCGUUCUUUACGGAGGUGAUCUGGAUGGGGAUCAUUUCCACCGCGGUCCUUCUUCUUAUUCUCCUCCACGGCUUCUCCAUGUUGACCUCCGUCACCACCCAGGACAGGUUCGAUGACCCCAAGGGCAAAACUAUCACCGUCAAUGUCAACGAAUAGAGAAUUAAACUAUCACCGUCAAUGAAUAGAGAACUCAAUCACAUGUUUUGUACUUUUUGUAAUGUAACAUUCCCUAGAAAUUAAGAAUGAAUUGCAGUAAUAAUGUGGACAUACUUUUUUCCAUGGAAUCAUAAUUACGUGGAAUCUAAAUUUCUGUUUAAUCUGCGUAUAGAAAAUAACGCGGAUUUUCUAGAUUGUCACUAUAUUUAUAUUAAGUACGCUUGGACAAAUUUCCGCAGAAAUUUUGUGACCAUGUUCAUAGUGUAAAUUCAUACCACACGGAAAAAGUACUUCUACAAUAAAUAAGUUAUAUGAAUAUGUCUUAGAAGAAUUUUUUGGAUUACAUUGAGUAUUGUUAUUACAUUUAACUGUGUAAAGGAUUUUCUAAGUUAUGAAAGGAAUUUUUUUUAAAUAGUAAUUUGUCAAUUGAAAUUGAAUUGCUUAUAAAGUCUGUUGUGUGAUU